AUGAUAGCAGAUUUUCAUCCUGAUUUGAUACAACUUCCACAGACACUCAGAAAAACUCAUAAUAAGCCUAAAAAACAAAAGCUUGGUAUCAAGCUUGGAAAAAAUCUCAGUGUUCUUGCCGUUAUUGUUCAACUUAUUACAUUUCGACCAUUAAUGCACAAACUAUGUGACGAAUUAUUCUCUAAUCCCAAUGAGCAACAGUUAAUAUACAAAGAAAUAUUAUCGCUCACAAAUCGGAACUUUUCGGAAAAUGCAGAUGUUACUUAUCUGUAUCACCUGUACUCGAAACGGCAAAAGAUACAUCAAGCUGAUCCAAUUGAUGCUUUCAAACAAUUACAAGAAUCGCUUGCAUGUGAAGCUAGGCAACUAGAUCUUAUUGAUUAUUUCAAAAAAUUCUGCUGGAGAUUUACAGAUAAAAUUGACAUUCCUCUUGUUAAUAAUAACGAACUUCAAGUUACUCCUACUUUUUCAGAUUAUCUUUUUAUUGAUGUUGCUGGUUUUACGUUUCCAUUGGAUGAUUACACAUGGAAUAACAAUCCAGCUGUAAAAUCCAAACCAGUAGCCAUAAUAACUUAUCACAGUCGACAAUAUAAUAUUAUUAUUUUGGACGAAAACAUCAAUUCAUGGAUUCUCUUUU